GGUUUCCAACGUGGAAGUGCAGAAGAAGCAGAGAGAAAGAGAGGAAGAAGAGAGGAAGAGAAAGGGGAAACACAAAGGAAAAGAGGAAGAUCGAUCAAGAUCUCCCUUGUGUUGUUCACAGUUGAAGAAAUUGAAGAGGAGAACGAGAGAAACUCAAGGGUAUCACAAGUUUCGGGUUUCAGCACAUCUAAACUUUUUUCCGUGGAGGUUGAAGAAGAUCGAAGUGGAUUUGUUUGAUUGCAAUUUUUCACGGGUCUAUGUUAGAACACCUGCUUUUGCUGAAAUAGGGACAAUGCCUUACUUACCAUGGUUUCAAGUUACUUCAGUUAUUCCUCUGGGUGGUGGAGUCUGUGUUUAAAAAAAGUAUUGACAAUUCAAGAUGCCAAAGGAGAGAAGGGAUAGGUCCUUGUCGCAUGAAAGUAGCAGAGCAUCACCUUACCCGAGCAGCUCUAGUUGUGUUGGGAGAUCUGCUCUUAGAGAGUCAGAGGAAAACGUUAAAGAAUGGGAAGAUGCUAGGUGUCCAGUGUGCAUGGAACACCCUCACAAUGCUGUUCUCCUUAUAUGUUCAUCCCAUGAGAAAGGAUGCCGUCCUUACAUGUGUAACACUAGCUAUCGCCACUCAAACUGUCUUGAUCAGUUCCGCAAGUCAUUUGCUGAGACCGCAUCAACCAUUGCUCAAGUAGAAAGUCAAAUUUCUAACACUGUCGAUAGUAUAAUUGAUGUGCCAGAAGACAGAAAUGAGGAGGGGACUGUCCAAAGUGGAAUUAAUGUACCGGAAGACAUAAGUGAGGUGACUGUCCAAAGUAGAAUUGAUGUGCCUGAAGACAGAAGUGAGGGUUUGGUUACAAUGCAAGCCUUAUCCUGUGACAAUGAGGCAAAGUCAAAGUUAGUAUGCCCUCUAUGUAGAGGGCAAAUAAAAGAGUGGAAAGUAGUGGAGGCGGCUCGGCAUUUUAUGAAUGAAAAAUCAAGGAGUUGUUCUUGUGAGACUUGCAACUUCACUGGCACAUACCCAGAUCUUAGAAAGCAUGCAAGACUUGAACAUCCUCUAGAGCGCCCAUCUGCAGUAGACCCAGAACGUCAGCGUAACUGGAGGAGGUUAGAGCGCCAGAGGGAUCUUGGCGACCUCCUUAGCACACUUCAAACUUCAUUUGGGGUUGAUGAUCCCAUAGAUGAUGGUGGUCUGCUAGCUGUGUUUUUCCUCAUUCUUCAACCUGCAUCUGUGUCCAGGGGCACCACACUCCAGAUGCGAAUAAGAAGACCCGCGACACUAUGGGGGGAAAAUUAUGAUGGACAGUCUGGAUCUGAUGAUGCAAACGAAUCUUCAGAUGGAGGCUCUGAUAAUAGACCUCAUCGUGGUCGAGGACAGCGGACUCCUCCGCCGUGACUUGCAAAUCAUUGAUGAUACUGGCUUGCUCUUCUCUCACCCUUUUCUGCCUUUCCAGAAUGGUCAUGAAUACACGUCGGAUAUUGAUUGUUUAUCAGUAUAUUUAAUAUUUCUGCCAUACUUCCCAGGGAUUCUGAAUGAUUGAGCUUGAAAUAAAAUUUACCGUUGUGCCA